GUCCAUCCCUGAGCAAGGAGAGGGGCGGAGACACAGCUCAGAGCCUGAAACAAGCAGGUCUGUAAAAGGGCCCAGGAGGCCACCGGGCCCCUGGAGAGACCCCUCCACCAGGAGGAGCCAAGCAGCUCAUGGACCUUUCCAGACAGAGGUGCAGACUCUGGAAGGAACUAGUCCUUGUGGCCAGCCUGCUAGCCUUGGGGAUCUGCCAGGCCUCUGGCCAAAUCGACAUCAACCCAGACUCACUGAUAGGAGUGGAAACAUACCGGACCCGCCUGGUCCUUGAAAACGGCCCUGAAGAUGCCCAGGCCUAUAGCUGGCACCGCGGCGCAAAUGACACUGAGGAAAACAUGAUUGUCAGCUACAACGUCACCUCUGAUUCCCAGCAGAACGGGCCCAUGUUCACCGGCCGGGAAAGUGUGCUGAAGACGGGUGACCUGCACAUCAGGGGGUCUCAGUUAAAUGACACAGGGAACUACACAGUGCGGGUGGACGCCAUCAAUGGGACCCAGAGAGCAACUGGCUGGCUCAAGAUUCAAGAAUUGGAAAUCCCUGGGAUCUCAGUCAACGCCACUUCUGUGGUCGAGGACAUAGAUUCCGUGGCUGCCAUCUGCUACACCAAUGACACCAACGUCAUGUGGUAUGUGAAUUCUGCACCAGUGUCCAGCAAUAACCGGAUGACAAUCUCCCCAGACACCAAGACACUCAUUAUCCAAAGGAUUGAACGCUUUGAUUCACCACUUCAGUGUAGCAUAGAAAUCAUCCCGGAGAUUUUUGGGAGAAGUGAGCUGAUCCAGCUGACGGUAGCCUAUGGGCCCUACGGCAUGACCCUCACCAGCAUGCCCAACCACCUCAGCGGCGUCGUGUCUGCCGAGAUCGGCACCCCGGUGGAGAUGAAGUGCACAGCCUAUUCCAGACCGGAAUCCCAGUACCGCUGGUUCCACAACGGCUCCCUGCUGAGCUUCUCAGGGGAAAACAUUAGCCUCCCAAGCCUGACCUGGGACCAGAUGGGCAGCUACAGAUGCGUCGUGGGGAACUCCGUCACCCAGCUGACCUUCUACCAGAGACUCCAGGUCCAGGUGCCCUGGCGCCCCAAGCCUGCUCAGAAAAGAGUCUUCACCGUCUCAGGAUCCUAUGUGGUGGUGCUUAUCGUAGUGACAGUCCUGGGCGGUGUCGUCUUUUGUGCAACCCUGAUCUACAUUCUGUUCAAACACUACUCCACCAGGUACCUGUUGCCCUGGGCCCAGGGUGGGACACUGGCUGGGAACUGGGACUCCACAGCCGGCCCAGCCUUGAGAGGGGGAGGCGGAGCCAGAGUGAAAAGGCACAAGCCCGGAAGUGGGUUGUCAGGGAUCAUCUGGGCAGACAGGUAGGUCUCAAGGACCCAAAGUCCCAGGAGAGAGGGAGGGUCUGGAAUCAGCCUUGUCUCUCCACAGCAGUGGGGUUUCAUCCAGGGACUUCUUUUCAGCCCAGUUUCUGUGAGUUUACAGUGUUAGUUAUUGAAGGUCCACCCAGAAGGGCAGGUGUGAGAAUGACCUGCGGGGAGCAUGUCAAACCUACAGCAUGUGUCUGGUUCACGGUAGUCAUGAGUUCCCAAGUGGAGCUGGGAAAGAGGUAGCAGAGAUCAAUGGUGCAGGGGGAAAAUGAUUCAAUCUGGGUGUAAAUCCCAGGUCUGCCUACACCCGUCUGGGUGACCUUGAGCAAGUCGCUCCUCCCCUCACAUCCUCCUGGCCCCACUUGGGGGACGUGAAGAGUGACACCUGCCCUGGAGGGUGAUGUGGAGGGUGACACACACUGUGGAGGAGGAAAGGAUUAGCAGUAGUUACGGGCACAGAGUAGAUAAGUUAUUCAACCUCAGCAUUAGGAACGUUUGGAGUCAGAUAAUUAUUUUUUUUUCUCAUUUCUUUUCCUGGGGUUGAUUUCUACUUUCAUGUCAUUGUGGUCAGAGAAGAUGCCUGACAUAGUUUCUACACUCUUUAAUUUGUUUACUUAGUUUUGCCCCAAUCCAAUCCUGUGGUCAAUUCUAGAGAGUGUUCCAUGUGCACUUCAAAAGAAUGUACAUUCUGUUGUGCUUUUUUUUUUUUUAGAUGUAAUGUCCUGAAAAUAUCAAUUAAGUCUAACUGUCCUAUUGUGUCAUUUAGGGUCUCUGUUACCUUACUGAUUUUCUGUCUAGAAGAUCUGUCCAUUUAUGUGAAUGGAGUACAUUUUUUUUUGUUUUUUGCUUUGAUUUUUAGGGCCACACCUGUGGCAUACGUUAGUUCCUCAGGCUAGGGGUUGAAUCGGAACUGCAGCUGCCAGCCUACACCACAGCCACAGCAAUUUGGGAUCUGAGCCAUGUCUGUGACCUACACCACAGCUCACAGCAAUGCCGGAUCCCUGACCCACUGAGCAAAGCCAGGGAUCAAACCCACAUCCUCAUGAAUACUAGUUGGGUUCAUUACCACUGAGCCACAAUGGGAACUCCCGGUCACCUCUUUUCUACAUCCUGGAAGCAGCCCCCUGGCCAGGCAUAACCCCUCCUCACAACCAGGAGUCAACCUGACAUCUCCACUCUUCCGUUCCCCUCAGAGGUGCCACGUUCUCUGCUGCCUGAGGUCUCCCUUCUGGCAUGAGAGCAGGGGGCUGGGAGUCAGAGGGGCUAAGUUUAGGAUAUUGGUGUCUGUCACUGUCUUGUUGUGUGACUUUGGGCAAGUGCCACCACCUCUCUGAACUCAUGUUUCUUCAUCCACAAAGUGAGGUUAAAGUAUUCACCUGGAGUAACUGUUGGGAGGAUUCAGGAUAAUUUUUAUAAAUCAUCUAUAACAGUGACUGGCACAUAACAGGUGUAAAAUUAAUUUUCAUCAUCAUCAUCAUUAGCAGUAAUAGGCUAGGUAGUGCCCACUCCUUCCCCAGGUACACCCAGCCGCUUCCCUCCCCCAUCCUCUGCCCCAUGGUAUCUCCCUCCAGUGACCUUAAGACCUCAGAAAUAUUAAAAGUGUGGGGAGUGUUAGGGACUCUUGAUGUAGUGGUUAAGCCCAUAGAUGCAUCACCUCCCUUAGAGGAAUAUGGGUGUGGGAAGAAGAAGCUGAGUCCUUAUCUACUGAGGACUCUCCUGUUUCUCAUGGUUUCCUCUGGAUCCCAAAUCUGAUUUCCUCUCUAAUUUCUCCCUGCAGGACAAAUAGGCUUAUAUGACGGUCCCCCUCUGACCUGGAGGACCAGGUGGGCAAGGAGGUGAGGGGGGAAUGAGAGUCCCUAUAGGGGCAGGCUAGGCUGGAAGGGGCCGCCCAGGGUCUGGCCAAAGUGGACAGUCAGGAGAGGGAUGCCACCAGUCACAGUGAAGUUAGGAGGUGGAGGUUCCUGAAGAAAGUCUACAGACCCCGCCUACAGCCUGGGGGUGGGACAUCAUGGGCACAUGGCCAUUGGCCACUCCAUCUGCCAAUCAGAUCUAGGCAAUGGGAAUGCAGGCUGGGGAGGGACGCACAGAACUCAGUGCUCUAAUUCCAACGUCUCUUCCCCGCCAGGGGAUAGGAUUCCAACUUCUCCACUUCCUUAACCUCACCCCAUGGGACCAUGAGAGAUGCUGCAAAGAUGCCCCGUCUCAGCAUUGCCAGUGACAGAGAACCAGAACAAACUAUGCAGGCCCUACAACCUGGAAUUGCUUAAAGGGGGCACAGCACAAGCUAAGCAAUACUCAUUAACAGAGGCGGACACACUAUUUCUAUCUCUAAACCUGCAUCUCCUUAAAAAUAUCGAAUCACUCUGAUGUACACCUGAAACUAUAUUGUGAGUAAACUCUACUUCAGUAAAAAUAAGUGAACCUGUGUCUUGCUAUCUUACAAUUUUAAUUAGGUAUGGCUGUUGAAUUUUAUCCAAAUCCUCUAUUUUAUUAAAAAUUUUUUAAAUUUU